CUUAAAUGUGGUUAUGGAAUUAAUAAUAGCAUUAAAUUUAUUGAUCAGUUUUUAAAAUUCAUUUUAAAUAUAUUGUGUAACGUUCUUUAAAACUAAAAAAAAAAAUAAUUCUUAGAACCAAAAUAUGUCAAACGGUUGUCAAUUAUAGGGAGUGAGAUGCGAAUGUGUUUGUGUAGUUAUUUACCUUGUGCUCUUUUUGUAUUAAAUCAUUUUAAGGUGACUAGUGCGAGAAUAAAAAUUUUCAAAAAUGAAUGAUGAUACUUUUGAUCCAGAAAGUAAUUUAUUACAAUUGAUAAAUCAAUUAAUAGCGGAAAAACAUUAUGAUGGAAUCGAAAUAUUAUUUAAUGAUAAACGUAAUAUAAAUAUACUAAUUGAGAACACAGCCGAUUUUGUGGAAUUGUGCAGAAAACAUUUGACUGAUGAAAAUUUUCGCAAACAACCGGCGCUCUAUUUUGCUUGCGAAAAUUUAUUGAAAAUUAUAGCAAAGUCAAGUCCACUUACUGAAGCUCUUUUUGAAUUACUGGAUAUAAUUGAUACAUCGAAGUCAGAUGAUAUUUUUACAAGUGCCUUGAAAGCCUUACAAAUAUGUUUAUUAAGAAAGGAGAGUGAUCGAAAAAGUUUGGAAUGGGGCUUAAAUGAAGUAAUUGCUUAUGUAUCGCAACUAGAAUAUCCUGAAUUUUUAAAUACAUGUUAUGAUGAAAAGCAAAUGGCUCUUUUCGAACAAAAUGAGCAAAUUCAUAAAAUUCUUAUUAACUACAUUACUAUAACAUUAUUUUAUGAACCUAUUCUACAAAAAGAAAUUCAAAGUUCUGUUACGAAAAAUUUUAAAAGUACUGAUUGGAACACAUCAACUGUCAUUUCCUCAUUUUUACUGCAACUUUUAGGUCGUCCUUUAGCACUUUUAGAUUUGACGGUCAAAGAGAAACAUAAAACUAAUACUCAUUCGUUACAAUGUGCUCAGCAAUUAACUCAAGAUUUGUGUAAAAUUUACAAGAAUCCGUAUUAUCUUUUGAAUUUCGUUGAAGCAAGAUGCCGAUGGAGAAAGGACACGUUAAAAAAAGACACUUACGAACGAUUUUCCAAAUUGGUUUAUAUGAAUAUCGAAAGAUUUCCAUUACUUUCUUUUGCCGUUUAUUAUUACUUGCUAAUAGGAGAAGAAUUUAUGCCGUCCAACGCACCUAGAAUAUAUAAUCCAAUUUACAUAUUUGAAUCAUGUCUGUAUUUAGUUGAAAUUCUUUUAAAACAAAAUGAAGCUCUUUUACAUUACAAAGGAUUAAUAUUAUGCCAUAAAACACUUAACAAUCUUGAUGGUGUAAAAAUUAAUUCAUCUUCGUUGGACUUGAAAAUUUAUGCUGAUUUCAGUGAGCAAUUGACCAAAAUUGUUAUUUUUUCAGAACAUGAAAUAUUACGAAAAAUUGGUGUCAAUUUAUUCAAACAAUUAAUAAUGCAGUUUGAUAUAGAAGGGCAAUCUGUAAUUUUAAAAAAAUUAUUAGAAACAACGGAACAUAGCGGACUAUUGGGAUAUUUCAUAACGAUAUUUAAAAAUUUAGUCGCCGAACAGCUUGAUCAAAAAGCAAAUUUAAUUUGUUUUUGUACUGGAACGGAGUUUAAAAAUAUUUUAUUGAAAUUGUGUUGUAAACUUAAGAAGGGAUCGGAGACUGAUUUAAUAGAACAUUCUGAUCACAUUAUAUCAACAUUAAACGCUCUUCGUUAUUUCGCACAAAGGGAUACCAAUAACUUAACCGGUUUUUGGAAUUUUGUUAGUGAUAUUGAAACAGAAUUUCUGAAUCCCCUACGGGAUGGUUUGAAUUUUUCAAGAGCCCAUUAUAAAGCCGAAGAAUAUCGCGUGCAAAAUGAUAUUCAAAUGGAAGGGGAAAACGAACUUUUUGAAAAAUUUAUGAUCAAUGAUGAAAAUUUACCGAAUUUUAAUAAAGCUCAGAAAUUAGAUAUUUUGACUCGGUCUAUAGUAACUUUUGAUUUACUUGAAAGUUUAAUUGCUAGGGUUAAUGAGUGUUUAGAUAAUAAAAGGAAAUUGUAAUAAAAGAUUUUGUUUGCUUGAAA